CUACCCAGCGGGCCGCGCGGUGCCCGCGCUGUCGUGGCGCUCGGCGCCUGGAUGAGCGGCGCGGCUGGGCCGCAGCUGGGCCUGGGCCGCGCCCGCCCCGCCGAGACCCGCUGCCCUCAGGCGCUGUGGGCGCGGGAGCCACUCCCGUUCCCGUCCUCCUCCUCCUCCUCCUCCCCCCCCCUCCUCCUCCUCCCCCCUCGGCAGCUCCGGGCACAGCCAUGAGGCGCGCGGGGCUGGGUGAUGGAGCACCUGCUGGUAACUAUGGCUAUACCAACAGUGGGUACAGUGUUUAUGAAGAAGAAAAUGAAAGGUUAACAGAAAGUCUGCGUACAAAAGUCAGUGCCAUCAAAUCACUUUCCAUUGAAAUUGGGACAGAAGUUAAAAACCAAAAUAAAAUGUUAUCAGAUAUGGAUAAUGAUUUUGACUCUGCGGGUGGACUUCUAGGUGCAACUAUGGGCAGACUGAGAACACUCUCUAGAGGAAGCCAGACAAAGCUAUUAUGUUACAUGAUGCUCUUUGCAUUGUUUGUUUUUUUUGUAGUAUAUUGGAUUAUUAAACUGAGGUGAUGCAUGUUA